CGCCUCCUCCGCUCCUCACGGCACAUCGUGUUUAGUACACUGUGUAUCUUUAUAUACAGUCUAUGUGUGUACCACAUGAUGUGAUGAGAUUCAAACAAAGUCAUCGUGCAGAGUUAGAGUCCUGAACACAACAUGUGCGACAGAGGUGACAUGAGUGGCUCCUGCAUGGAGAGGAGUGGAUUCAGCGGGGAGAGAACAGAAUGUACCCGAUGAGCCUCUCCAUUGUGUGGGUCCUGCGUGAGAUACACGCCCCCUGAAGCAGGAGCCUGCAGACCAGCACCGACACAGACAACUCGGGAAAUUCACGUCAAACUCACCUUUGUCUUGAGUGACUGUGAUCUCGCGUGCAUCUUGUCGGCAGCGGGUGUUGUGGCUCCUCGGUGGCUCGGACGGUGCAGCGAAGUGAAGCCGGGAGAAGAAGCUCACUUCAUGGCUCUCCUCUCCGUGAGCGUCGGUCCUUUCCGGAGCCGAAUGCGGACGGUCCGGACGUGGAGCCGAGACUUGUUCACGAUCCCGGCUACCUUCCACUGCUGCGGCGCCCUGGAGGCGACGUCAAUAAUCCAAAGGAAACUUCUAUAUCAACACAGACUCUCACUCACUCGGUUACUCAGCUCCAACAAACCACCAAGAGGUUUUGAAAAGUUUUUCCCAAAGAGUGAAGCGAGCGCAGGCGCCAAAAAAUCAGUGGAAGCUGAAAGUCCCAAAGAGCAGGAGUCUCCUGGAAGCGACUCAAACAACGAUGAUGGUGAAAGACGAAGAGGAGGAAAAAAGGAAGAAUCACAUUGGUGGACAAAAUUUCAGGAGGAUUUCCCCUUGGAUAAAAAAGUGUUGCAGAAUGUUGCCAUCGGAGCGGCAGGCAUGGCCUCAGCUUUUCUCUACUUUUACUUCAGAGAGACGGGCAUCCAGAUCUUGUGGAAGGACUUUGUGCAUCACUACUUGAGCGGAGGCUUGGUGGAUCAUCUGGAGGUUGUCAACAAACAGUACGUCAAAGUUUAUCCGACACGAGGAGUCAACACAUCAGAAGUGAGCUAUCUGUGGUUCAACAUUGGCAGUGUUGACUCGUUUGAACAUAACCUGAAGAUGGCACAGCAGGAAAUAGGCCUGAACUCCCCGCACAAAGUACCUGUGUACUACAGCACUCAAAGCGAUGGGGCGCUUCUUGCCAGCAUUCUCCCAUCUAUUCUUAUUGUUGGACUUUUGUUUUUUGCCAUGCGGCAGGGACCCAUGGCAGGUGGACGUGGAGGUAGUGGGCGAGCAAACCCCUUUAGCAUGAGCGAAUCCAAAGCCAAGAUAAUCAAAGACAACAUCAGCGUGCGUUUCAAGGACGUUGCAGGCUGCGAAGAAGCCAAACUGGAGAUCUUGGAGUUUGUCAACUUCCUGAAGAACCCAUGUCAGUACCAGGGGCUCGGAGCCAAGAUCCCAAAGGGUGCAGUGCUGUCAGGGCCACCUGGAAAUGGGAAGACGUUGCUCGCUAAGGCGACUGCAGGGGAAGCCAAUGUCCCCUUCAUCACCAUCAGCGGCUCAGAGUUCCAAGAAAUGUUUGUUGGUGUGGGCCCAGCUCGGAUAAGGGACAUGUUUGCCAAGGCUCGAAAAAACGCCCCCUGCAUCCUCUUCAUUGACGAGAUCGAUGCUGUGGGCAGGAAGAGAGGGAACUCUGGCGACCAGAGCGAGCAGGAGAACACACUUAACCAGUUGCUGGUGGAAAUGGAUGGGUUUAACAGUAGCACCAACGUGGUCGUUUUGGCUGGAACCAAUCGAGCUGAUAUCCUGGAUCCAGCUCUGAUGAGGCCUGGACGCUUUGAUCGACAUGUAUACAUUGGCCCACCAGACAUUAAAGGAAGAGCGUCCAUCUUUAAAGUGCAUUUAAAACCUCUGAAGCUGGACUCCAGUAUAGAAGCAGAGGCUCUGGCCAGAAAACUAGCUGCACUAACCCCAGGUUUUACUGGGGCUGACAUCGCAAAUGUGUGUAAUGAGGCAGCUCUGAUCGCUGCACGACACCUCAACCAGCACGUCAGCACGAAGCACUUUGAACAGGCAGUUGAAAGAGUAAUUGGAGGUUUGGAGAAAAAGACUCGGAUCCUGCAGCUUCCAGAGAAAACCACUGUGGCUUAUCAUGAGGCUGGACAUGCUGUGACGGGCUGGUUCCUAGAACAUGCAGACCCUCUGCUUAAGGUGUCCAUUGUCCCCAGAGGGAACGGUUUAGGUUAUGUCCAGUAUCUGCCUAAGGAGCAGUACCUGUUCACCCGGGAGCAGCUGUUUGACAGAAUGUGCAUGAUGCUGGGCGGCCGUGUGGCUGAGCAGGUUUUCCUCCGUCGAAUCACCACCAGAGCACACAAUGAUCUCAGGAACGUCACGCAAUCUGCCUACGCACAGGUCGUACAGUUUGGGAUGAAUGAGGCAGUGGGCCAGGUCUCCUUUGACCUCCCUCAGCAGGGCGACAUUGUUGUUGAGAAACCCUUCAGUGAACCCACAGCCCAGCUCAUAGACCAGGAGGUCCGCCUGCUCAUAGAUGCUGCCUUCCAGCGAACACUGCAGCUUGUCACUGACAAGAAGGAGAUGGUGGAGAAGGUGGCAAAAUGUCUUCUAGAAAAAGAGAUGCUCGAUAAGGCUGACAUGGUGGAGCUGCUCGGACCUCGUCCCUUUCAGGAGAAGUCGUCGUAUGAGGAGUUUGUUGAAGGGCUGGGUGAAUCUGAAGAAGACACCUCUCUUCCUGAAGGGCUGAAGAACUGGAAGGAGGGCAAAGGGAAUGAAAAACACAAUAAAUCAGCCAUUUACUUGUAGCUGCCUGUUGGCAAAUAUUCCACUGGAUUCUGGUAAAUAUAACUGAAGUAAGUACGGCACCGUCUGGUCCAGCCUGCAGCCUGUUGGGACUCUUAACAUGCAACUUUUUUAUUUAUUUUUUUAAUUCCAGCAGGAAUUCCAAAAAGUGCAUAAUUAUUAUAGUCAGGAGAAUUUAAACCAUUAAGCUAUAGCUCUCAGCACAGUGCACUUUGUAGCAUACGUUUCACCAGAGGUGCCUUCUGUUCCUCCUCUCCCACAGUCUGAUGCCGUCCUAUAGUGUGAUGACACUGAUAACAUGCAACAGAACAACUGGGAGUCAUGGACAGGAGAGUUACUGAGCUCAAGCAGAAAAAAGACCUUCUGUGAAAGGCACAGGACUUGUAUUGGUCAAGCUGCUGUUCUGGUAUCAUCACAUUUUCAUCAUCAAAGUUUUCCAGCCUCACUCAGUGCACAUGCUUUGUUCUUUAGCCUGUGGUAAAGAAUUCCCCAAGUCAAUUCAUCUACGUAACGUAAAGUCAAAUGUGUGAAGAAAACACAUUCUUCGUCUUUUCUUUCUCAGAUGCAUUUGACUGUUUCCUUUACAUCAUUGUCACAUGAAGACAUUCUUACUGAUUGAGUUGGGACUUUGUCUCAGUGUAAAUACACAAAUGCAGUGCCUGUCGAGCUGGAGCACGACCUUCGACCUUAACUGAUGUAAUCAGUGACAUAAUCAAUUGGUUGUUUCUCAUUUCAAGAGAAACCAUAGUAACAGCUAGAGCUGUUUUACGAUUUUAGAUCAAAGUCAAUUAAGUCGAUUUUCUCAGGAACCACUCAUCAAAAAAAUGGAUGACCAGUUAUUGAGAAAAUCAACAGACAGACUCAGAGAGGUCGUAGGUAGAUUUUCACCCCAUCAUCAUCCUUCUGAAAACUUCCACCAUCCUCAGACUUGUUCUCAUCAAUGUAAAGACAAAUAUUUUCAUGUGCACUUAAUGAGUUGUUGGUGUUAGUGAACUUAAGGUUGAUUUGUGAACUUCGUGCUGGAAAUAACUGGGCUGAGUAUAAAUCCGAUAUAAGCUACUGUAAGGAACAUUUUGUCAUCCAAACGUGAGCGGACUGAUUUAUGUAUGAUAACCUUGAAAUUGUGUGUUUGCUUCCUGUUUGACAGGGCACAGUUUUUACUUGAUCGUUUUUUACAACUAUUGUCACUUCACUUUGUCAAAGUUUCUCUUAAGGGACAAUGUGAUUAACAACAAAAAUUCAAUGUAACGUUUUAUUCUGCCAUUACUGCACACUUUGCAUGCGUGGUGCUGUCAAAUAAAUGC